ACCACAGAUCAUCCGCAGCAGCUCUGCCAUUUUGCCCACCGCACUUUUGUCCGACAGCCUCGUCUCCGGUCAAAAGUUGUUUGCCCAACAAUUGCUUCAGACAGUAACACGUCUCGAAGCAAGCCAACCCCUAGAACUGUCAACAUGGCAACUAUGGCAUCUGCUGUCCGCGAUAUCGCGAAGACCUCCGACCGAGACAACUUAACUGCUGUAGCGGCUCGGAGUGUCCCUGUGGCAACCCAUCCGACGACCCUCCCUACUCCCCCGAACUCCAUAUCGCCCUCACUGCCUCCGCACGGGCUGAAGGCCCAGCUUAUGCGGGCACGCCUCGACUCCAUCGACUCGGACUUGGAUCUACUGGAUAGCGGUGAGGAACACUACGAGGGUGCCGAGUCGCCGCCGUACGACUCGUCCGGCGCCAUCACCUCAGCUAUGCUGGCCAAGUUCCAUCUGCCGGAAAUCUUGAUUAGCCAUGGUCCGUUGCCGAUUCGCCAUUUGAUGGGGUACCUUACCACUUCGGUCCCGGGCUUCGCGGCGAUUCCGCCGGGGAAGGCGCGUAGAUUGGUCGUGGGGGCUUUGGAGGGAAAAGGAAGUGGCAACGGGGGUGGUGGGCUGGAUGGUGACGUGGAGUUUGUGAAGGUGGGCUGGGGUCGAUGGGAUGCUAAGCGUCGGGGCCAGCCUGGUCGGGAUGCGCCGGUACGUGACGCAUCCCCUGGGGGCCAUCCGAACAGCAUACCCAUCACCAGGACCGCCGGGUGGAACAUGGACAGGUCACGGCUCGGCGCGAAUAUCGGGUCGAGCCUUGGCGCCUUUUCGUCGGCCGCUCUUUCUCACGACGACCGCUUCAUGGAUAUGGACAUGAUGGACCACGAAGCCGACAAGAUGUCGUUAGAUGGGUCCGGAUCGGCGUCUUGCUCCGAAGCUCCCGACGACGACGACGAUAUGAGGAGGCACAACGACGACCCGGAAGACGCGACCGACGAUGAGGACUGGGCGGCAGUCGGCGCCGCGGCGCUCCGUGCGUCGUCGUACCAGGCCCGGUCCAACCAACAACACUUUCCUUUCAGCACAGUACAUACUUCGGGCGGUAUACGCUCCUUCUCGGCGGGGAUGGCGCGCCCGCCGCAGCUACGCCCGCCCAAUUACCCCGGUAUUCCGGCAUCUGCGUUCGGAGCUGCUGCCCCCGACGCGCAGGAACGCGAGGCUGUGGAGGCUCUCCUUCGUCUUGGAUCCAUGUAAUAUCACCAAAACUCUACUCUGCAUACACGACAUUCGCAUGGCAUUGGCUCGGCGUUUUCAACACAGGGGCGGGGCAUCAACUCAUCAUCAUCAUUGGCGGCAAGAACAAACAUCGCCGGGCGUGGGAA